GCUGCCCGCGGUCGAAACAAGUAUCAAGCGAGGGCAGCACUAACUAGCCAUGCCUCCCCCUAAAAGAGGCCAGGCCUCCUUCGCGAAGAAGAAGGUCGAGGUCGACCCCGAGGAGGAAAAGCGCAAGAAGGCGGAAUACGACGCGGCCCAGAAGAAGAAGCGCCUCGAAGCGGCCAAACGCUUCUCCGUCGGUGGUACUGUAGAUUUAGCUGAAUUCAUGGACGACGACCCGGACAUGUCCGUGACGGCCAAAUUGCAGCAAGUCAUGUCGACGGCCAAAGAGAGCGGUCUCAAGGUCCAGCAGAUCUUCAGCUACUUCAAACCGAACGGCAAGCUCGAGGGCGAUAUCACGCCCGAAGACUUUGGGGCCGCGAUGCAUAAGCUGGGCUGGAAGUGCACCGAUGAACAGCUCAAAACAUUGUUGGAUGACUUCGACGAGGAUGGCAACGGUACCAUUAGUAUCGAGGAGUUCCAGGCGUACUGCUACCAGAUCCCGAACAUCGCGUGGAAGGCCGAGCGAUUGCGAUGGCAGCGCGAACAGGAGGCCGAGAAGAAGCGCAAGGAAGAAGCCAAGAAGAAGCGACGAUCUCGUAAAAGUUCAGCAGGCGAGAAGACGGGUGUGGAGGAGGAGGAGGAGGUCGACCCGGGGCCGCCGCCGCCUACGCCCGUAGAACAGAUCUACGAGGGCCAGAAACCCCUCUGGAAGACGAAGCAGAUGCUCUGCAUCAAGAUUGGCUACGCGGAAGAAAAAAACUGUCUCGCGAUCAGCUGCAAGGACGCCGAGGAGAAUUUAUUUCCGCCCGUCUUCCUCGACGCGUCCAAAAUCCUCCAGGCCAAAGGCUCAGAGUUCGAAGCGUUGAUCGAGGAGGACAUCGAGAAGAAGGAGAAGAGCGGGAACAAGAAACUGGAGGACUCCGCAAAGGCUAUUGUCGCGAAGGAGGUAACAAGGCAGGCGAUGGCCGACUUCACGCUGAAGCGAUUGAUCACGUCGAAGGCGGAUCCCUUGAUUCUUGAAGUGAAAUUGCUUGGUAGCGAUGGUGCGCUAGACCUGGAGACGUUGGUGCUGAAGGAGAACCCGAACGUGGAGUUGUUACCAGUACUCAACGAGACCGAGGCGCCGUCGGCCGAAGACUUCGCGAACCAGAUCGGUGCUGUGGCUGCCGAGCGAGAUAAAGUCGCGGCCGAGCGCGAGGAAGUGGCCAAGGCAUUGAGAAGAGUCAAACAAGCGUUGGAUGCCUUCAAGGUCGGCAAGGGCUGGAAGGACAUGAACACGCGGGAGCGGUGCGUGUUUCUUUUACAAAGAUUUGGCGUGCGCCACGUCAUCACGAAGGUCGAGAAGAUGCUCGAGACGUCUCCCACGUAUGCCGCAUUGUUGGAGGAGCAGGCGGCGAAGCGGGCCAAGGCCGCGCGGAAGAAGUAG